UAUUAUUACGUCUAUCUUCUACAUGUAUCAUUGCCAUUCGCGUGCAAUACCACGAAUCUCGUUAAUACAGUAUAACAGUUAAAGUGACGGUUGGUGCACGAUGAUAGUGAAGAAGAAGAGGAAUAAAUUUUUAUCGAUACGAAUGGUGAGGUUUCUCAUGAAGUUCAUCGGUUUCUGGCCGGCCGAGUCUAAGACCGAGGAGCGAUUGCUGAAUGCAAUUUUGGGCUACACAAUAUGCAUGAUCGCCAUGGGUUUAUGGAUAGAGGCAACCGAAAUGUAUUUAGGUAAAGGCGACUUUUAUGCCAUCACGUAUACCGCUUGCAGUACUAUGCCAAUAAUAAUAAUUAUGCUAAAGAUAUGUAUAUUUUUAAGUAAUAGAAAAGAACUGUUGAACAUGUUGAGAUAUACGGAGGAUAAUUUCUGGUGCGCCCAGUAUGACGAUUACGGCAACAAAGUUUUGGAAAGAAUUAAUAAAAAAGGAAUAAUAUUAAUAUGCAUGUUUACGUUCUUCGUUCAAGGGACCGUUUUCACCUAUAUGCUGACUCCUAUAAUCGAAAAUAUAGGAAAAAACGAAAGCGACCGAAUCCUCCCUUUUAAUCUCUGGAUCGGAAUACCGACAUCGGUCUCUCCAAAUUUUGAAAUAUUAUUCGUUUGUGAGAGUUCAACAUUGAUUUAUUGCGGUGUGUGCUUCUGUUGCUUCGAUAAUCUUUUGGGUCUAUUAAACAUUCAUACUGCCGGCCAAUUCAAAAUUCUGCAACACCGAUUGGGAACUAUCCUCAAGCGAGUCGAAGGGACUGGUAUCGUAAGAUCGUUCGACGAGAAAGGGAAUCGAAAAGUGUAUCAAGAGAUCAGAGAAUGCAUCAUGUUGCAUCACGACUUGAUCUGGUACAGUGAAAAAAUGGGAGGUAUCUUCAUGUACACGACUCUGUGUCAGCUGUUGGUGUCCAGUGUCAUGCUUUGCGUCGCUGGCUUUCAAAUGUUUUUGGUGAGUACUUAUGCGUACUUACCUUCUCCACGCGUGUCUGUGUCUUUGUUGGAAAAGGCUCGAGGUACUUUCAUCAGACGGCUGAUAUUCAUCGCCCAUACGAAUGGCUGUUUGUUCCAACUGUUCGUGAUUACGCUGACGGCGAAUGAUUUAAUGGAUGAAAGUCGGGCAGUCGGAGAUGCAGCGUAUAACGCCAAUUGGCAGGUUUUGCCUCACGAGGAAAACAGAGAUGUCAGAAAAGCCAUUCUACUGAUCAUGAUGCGAUCUGCACACGCUUGUUCCAUAUCCGCUGGCGGUUUCUUCCCAGUGUCUCUCGAGACGUUUAUGGCGGUGUUGAGCACGGCGGCAUCCUACUUCACCUUGCUUCGCAAAUUUCUAGAGUAGCUGCUCAAAUGAAAAAUUUAAACCUAAGGAGAGAAAUUAAGAGAAAGAUUAAGAGUAUUCAGAAUGUUAAAGUAUUUAUGUGUGAAAAACUGGCGAGCUCUCUUCAGCGUUGUCUAUAAUUUUAUAAAUAUUUUGAAGUGUA